GCCAUGCACGCACUUUAGUCUCUUCGAAAAUUCGCGCCUUGAGUAACUAAGUACGCAGUGUACUAUUAGUAUACAUAUUAAAGUGUACGUAGGGGAAAGUGUCGAGUGACAUACAUCCACCGUAAAGAGCAAGAAGAGGAGAAAUUGGUCAUUAUUGCCAUCGUCAUUUCCGGUUGGUGAUGGAUUUGGGACCGCACUUCACACUCACACACUUCGAUGAAACGAGAGCGGGAACAGAGGAGGAAGCUGCAGCACUUUUUGUCUGAUCUGGCUUUGCUGGGCUCAUUGCAGGGAUUUAGGUACUUCCAGCCUUGGCUGAGAGGGAAGGAGGAGCUGCUGCUGACUGUUGUCAAUGAAGACUCGGGUUGGCGUUCCCCAGGCUUUGCCGUGUCCAGAGCGUCCUCCAGUGGCUCAAGCAGCAGCACUGAUUCAGCCAGCAGCAGCUCCCUCAGCCUGGCCAGUCAAGAAGCCUCCCCGCUGCCUGGCGGGCCUGAGGGUCCACCGGCUGCCCAUCCAACCCACGCCAAGACGCACAAACACGUCAACAGCAGUGAGGAACAUCUCCUGCCAGCCUCCCCCAGUGAAGAAGAGAUAGCAGAGCCUGAAGUGAACUGCACGCUCUUCCUGCUCGCAGGCUACGUGAAAUACGGCCGUCCGCACGCCUGGAUACGCUCCAACCACGAGCGGCUGGUUAGUAUCGGCGGCAGCGACUCCAUGGUGAGGGACACGCCUGUCAAGCUCAAAUCCAUCACAGACUGGCAGGCCGGCGGCGUUCGUGUGUGGGACGUGGUCAGCGAGCUGGUGUGUCUCUGUACCGUCCCUUUCCCCUCCAACCCCUUCGCCUUGGACAUGCGCUACAUCCAAAGUCUUCCUGCGCCCGAGCGCUUCCUGGUCACGGGGGCGCUCCUCAACUUUCUGGAGACCUACGUCGUCUACGGGAACCGUGACGAGUUGCACUAUGACAAAGUGGUGGAGGAGCUGAAGCCUCUGAGGUGUGUGCACUUCCACACAAUGCUGGAGGUGCAGAGGCUGAAGAAGAAGAGCAGGUUGGUCAACACGCCCACUGAUCACCACUCUUCUGCAGAAGACCAAAAUACAUAAACAUUUUUUGUCCUGCCAGUGAAGGCACCUUGAAUAAAAAAACAUGCACCUUGUUGACAUGCUAUUUUAACCAGACAUCCCUGGGAAACAUGUCACAUGAGUGCCGCCAGGUCCUUUUAAGAACAUUUGUGUCCUUAACACACACAAACACGUACUUCAGGCCAAAUAUAACAUUAGAAGUCAGAGUCAUGGAAAAUAUGCUCAUUCAAAGUUAAACAUUUGACUUGGUGAAUGCUUUACAGAUCACGUGAAGACCCUUGGAAAAAAGUUGUAUAAAAACAUAUUUAAUUAAAUAUGUACAUAACUACAUUUAAAAAAAACAUACACUGACAAAGCAGGCAAUUGAGUCCCUUCUUCCUUAAAAUACAUCACAUGAACACUUAGUGGGCACAAAAAUGGCACCUUUCAGUUAAUAAUAUAAGAUGGGCAUUAGUAAAGUUGAAGACGAUACGCUUUGUAACGAGUUAAAGUGGUGCUUAUGGCCUCGAGUGAACACGAGAAGAGCGGUUAAACCCAGAAAAGAGCGAGGCUUUUGGAGAGGAAUGCAGGUGCACGGCCGCACAUUCCAAGAAGAGGCUCUCUUGAUGGGACACAACGUUCUCUGUGUUUCCGUGAUCAACAAAGCAGCAAGUCACGGCUGGGUGGCUCUCUAAGCUGAGGAAGGCGGGAUGUGGGGGUGGGGUGCAUGUCGUGGAUAAAAAGUAAAAAAAAAAAGUUAAAAUGGAAAUGAUUCAUUAAAAAAAUAAUUUUCCAAAAGUGCUGACGAAGGUAAAAAAAUAAAUAAAAGAAGACUUUGUCCUUGUUUUGUGGUUUUUGGUCUUCAAGCAACCUUCUCUUUAACGCCUUAAAAAUGCAGCAGAGAAGAAGGACCACCAGUCGUCAGUCCAGAUAUUCACAGUAGAUCUACAGUCGUUGCAGGAGAUCAGCUCCAGCUGUCCGAGGCAGACCCUCUCCUGGUGAUGCCUCUGAGGGGGCUGCGGGACACAGAACCUCUUUGCUUCCAGUGAACUUAAGGGGAAAAAAGAGACAGUUGGUCUAGUUAUGUUUGGAAAUCAACAAAGUUAAAGGACGCCAGUGAGGAAGCUUGUUGACUCAUGGAUGUCUUCUUAUUUCAACGCCUUUAUAGUUUGUGUAUUUACAUAGUGUGUUAAUAUAGUGUGUGUGUGUUUGUUAAUGGACUGUGCAAAUGUAGCGACAAUCCCCAAGCAGGCAAAGUCAGCACUUCAAGCUGCAUUAUUUUUUGGGAGAUGCACGAUGCCUCAACAAAUUAGUCUGUUUGCCCACGUAUCAUUUUGCAGAAACUAAAUGUUAUCCACUGCCAGUUUGUCUUCUAUUAAUUACUAAUUGAAAACGAUCUGCAGUUUUGUAGUUUUUUUGGUCAUUGUAUCGGAUGCACGACGCAGUAAGUUUGUUGAUCAUAUUUUUCUUUGUUUUAUAUGAACUUAAAGACAAUUAGCUCUGAGGCAUGGGUGCCUUUUUUGUUUCUCAAAAGCAGUAAAUACCCAACUGGAGUAUUUUUUAAUCAAGAUUUCAUUGUGGGAAAGGUUUUACAUGUACUCAACAUACUCCAUCACACCAUCCAUACUGGACUACACUUGGGUUCGAUUCCCUCUCUUGUUUUGAGUCUUUUGAUAUAGAGAACUUGAUUUUUUCCUACAGUGGAGGGAGGCAGCUGUCAUUAAUUACUCGCAAGAGGAAGGAUCACAAUGAAAUAGCCCAUUUUAACUUUGUACACAAAUGUAGCCACAAGUUAGCACACUUAUUUUAAUAUUUUGAGCCUUUUUUUUCCUUUCACAAGUUUAACCAAUGAGAAUCGAUUGCAUGAAUUAAAUGAUGCCCAAAAACUUAGCCUCGGCUGAGCAUGCUUUGAGUUUCCACUUUUGGAAUAUUUUAACUGUCUAGAGUUUAGGGAAAUAAUAAAUUUUUUAUCGCAAUUCGGACAUGGACAAUUAUAAAAAUGAAUUAGUAAAUGUCAAUAUUGGAUAAUCUAUUUAUUGUAAAGUAAUGCAGACAGUUCUAAAAUGUCGCUGACUGCAGCGAGCCACCUCACUUAUGUUCCAGUUUUUCAGAUAUUUCCAUAAAUUUAAUAAAUUUGAUGGGAAUUUCUUAUUAAAAACGCACUAUUUUUAAAAGUUGCAAGUGAUAAAUGCUUAUUUAGUGAAACGAAAAUAAAUGUAAAACUGCAUGAAUGUACAUAAAAUAAAGAUGCAUCAAGAAUCAAUUUUUAAUCGAA